AUGUUCCAACUAAUCACAUGUUAUUCUCCACCUGCUGAACCAAUUCCUCUGGAUAUUCUUGAUCGUUUACUUCAACAUAAUCCAAAUUCUAUCUUUACUGGUGAUUUUAAUGCCAAGCACAGUUCAUGGUCAAAAUCAAUGGAAAAUGAAAAAGGACGAGUACUAUUCAAUGGGUUAUCUUCAUCACAAAUACAUUCAUCCCUUGAAAUCAUUAACAAAUUCAUAGCCACUUCAACUCGUUUCAAUGCAACAAUCGAUCUCAUCAUCGCACCUUCACACAUGUCGACUGCCUCCUUCUCGGUUCUUCCAAGUAUUGGAAAUGAUCAUCAUCCAAUCUUAUGGCACCCAUCAAUUAAAAUUUCUUCUACUUAUCAUCGUUUUCCCAUCAAACGUACACGUUGGAAUCUACUUGAAAUUUUUCUUACGUUCACAGCAACUUAUUGGCAAUCGUUAGCCGCAUCUAUGUUACACUCAGAAGCUUUUUUCUCAUUAUAUGAACGUUUUCUAUCAUUAUGCUUAUCACGCCUUACCUUCAUCAAUUUUCGCAAAACAAUCAAACCAUCUUUACCUCAACAUAUAGUCGUUAUGAUUAAACAAAAACGUCGUUAUCUCAAAUUAUUUCGACAAACACGUCAUCCUUAUUUUGCUGUUGUCCUACGUGAUAUGCCAAAAAUGAUACACAAGGAGAUAUUUCACCACAAACGGAAGUCGUGGCUAAAUUAUUGUAAUUCGUUAAACGAUUGUAAUACAACAGCUUUUUGGAAAAAGGCAAAACGCCAUUUCAACUCCAGAGCUGCACCAAUCGAAAGUUUUUUCGUCAACAACAACAUCACCUCCUCGUCAAUUGAUAUGUGCAACAUUGCUAGAGCGUAUUAUGAAGAACAAUUCUCUAGUCAUCAUUGUAAUCAGUCGGAAAUCGAAAUUGAAGCAAAUAAUGUUGAUAUCGAAAUAGAAAAAGUUUUGACAAAUGAACCACCUUGUCCCAUUAUCAUUACUUACCAUCACCUUCGUCGUUCCGUUGCUUCUUUAAAAAACAAAAACUCGACUGGCAUGGACGGUGUAUCAAAUCGAUUAAUUAAAUUACUUCCCCCCACUCAUCUUUCUAUAAUUCUCUCAUGUUUAAACAAGUUUGCAGCUACUUUGCAGACACCGUCGCACUGGCAUGUUGCCAAAAUAAUUCUUUUAUCAAAAACAAAAUCAAAAGUUAUUUCUAUUGAAGAAACAAGACCUAUCUCAUUAUUACCGUGUUUCUCCAAAUUAUUUGAAAAAUGUUUCCUGAUACAUUUUCGUAAAUGGAUUAAUGAACAAGGUAUUCUUCCUGCUGAACAAAGUGGUUUUCGACCUGGUCACAAUAUGGCUGUCCGUUUAGUCUCUAUUGUUGAUCAAAUAGGACAAAGUUUACAAAAGAACACGGCAGCUGCUGCACUCUUCGUAGACUUUCGUACAGCUUUCAAUCAACUUUGGUUUCAUGGAUUAUGGUUAAAACUAGUCAAGUUACAAUGUCCAUUAUAUUUAAUAUCAUGGCUUCGACAUUACUUAAAGGGAAGAAAAGCUUUUAUCGACAUCAAAAACACGGAGUCGUCUAUGUUCAAUCUCUCUAAAGGUGUUCCACAAGGCAGCUGUAUUGGUCCAGUUCUAUUCAUAAUCUACCAUUAUGAUAUUCUGGAAGCAUUAUCAACUAUUCAUUGGAAACACCUAUUUGCUGAUGAUCUUGCUAUUUUAUUUUCGCCAUCGUCAUCAAUGUCUUCAUCCAAUAUGAUAAAUGCUUUAACAGACCAAAUAAAAAAUGUUCUCCUUCGCCUGAUCAACUAUUCAAUUAAGUGGAAACAACCAAUCAAUUUUAGUAAAACACAUUGGAUCCUUUUUCAUCGUCAAGUUGUUCCUCAAAUUCCAAAUAUUAUAUGUGAAGGUUAUAACAUUGAACAUGUCAAGAAAUUCAAAUAUCUUGGUACGAUAUUAGAUGCUAAAUUAUCAUUUACAGAACAUAUUGAUUAUAUUAAAACGAAAAUUCGUACCAAUAUGAAUGUAUUCAAACGAUUGACCUCCAGUCGCAUGACGAGUGAACAAGUCAAUUAUCGACUCUACAAUGCUUUUAUUAGACCCUAUCUUCAGUCUAUUCUCAACAUCUAUCCGAUUCUCACAUCGUCAAAACAGAAACAGCUGGAAAGCUUGAAUCGAAAAAUCUUCCGAGUAAUACACCAAUGGUUUGAUGCAAGAAACAUCGAAAUUGAAAAUCUGCCCAAAUAUCAAUCCAUUUCUAAAUUAACGUACAAGCAUUGGGGUAAAUUGGUACACACAAUACUCGAAACAAAUCCAAGCAUAAUUGAAGAUUUCUUACAACACAAACUAUCGAUUCUAUAUCUUUGUGAAUAUCUUUCAAACCCGGCACUAGCAAAUGAAAGAAAAUCUUUGGAAGAGGAAGAAUUCGUAAAAACAUACGCAAAUUGCUGACUGAAGAUCGUUCAUCUCUGUUCGAUCUUAUUUUGUGUUUUUACGGAUAGAAGUUCUUUUUUUUUUUUUUUUUAUUCACUCUGUUUUCAACUUAGCUUGAUCAAAUGUUAACUCAAGUUGGUUUUUUUUGUUCCCACGCUAAAGGAGCGAUGCUCGCUCAUAGCAUUAAAAUAAAAGCAUUAUACUACUACUAAUCGCAUCAUGUAUAGAUUAGUCACCAAAUCGAUCUUCUUCCAUAACAACAACAACGACAAGAUCAAAAUAAUCAAAAGCAAAAUGUGCAUUUUUUUCCUCGAUCAUCAACCAAUAACAAAUCAAAUUAUGUAGAACAUUGUUUAUCAUCAUUAGAUGUAAAUAUUGAUUCGUUAUAACACAGAAAAAGUGUUACAAAACUGAAGCGAUCAAAACGUCAUCAACCAGCAUUAGUAACGAUAAAUAAUCAAAAAUUUCUUCUUUAAGCAUUGAUUUUGUUUCAAAAACACAAAUAAUAAUAAUAUUUGAAGUAAGAUUCUAUCAAAUAGAUCUUUUUCACAUGAAUCUCUUUUGAUCUCAAAUGAACCUGGAUAUUGCUUUAUUAUGAUCAGUUUUAAGAGCAAAACCAGCUAAAAUCAUAAUAAAUAAUUGUCAUGUACAUCAUCGUCGUCUAAGUAUUUUCCAAUCAUCAGAUUUAACAAUGAUGAUCAUUCAUCCGCAUCAUAUCGUUAUAUUCAACUAAAGCCGUCGGUACGUUCGAAGACCUUCCUUCGAUAAAUGAACCAAAUCACGUAUCAGAAGACCCCUAUCCUCUUCAGAAAAUUGAUUUUAGAAUUUUACUACGGGUGUGGGUAUCGAUUACAUACAUGUCAAACCUGAAAAUUGAAUUCAAUUAUUCAAUUAUUCACUUUUCACCAGCUGUGGGUGUGGAGAAGGGAGUUCUGAUGGAGAUGACAUACAUAUCUUUACACAAACACAUCACGCGACCAGGUGUGGGUGCUAGAGACCUGCAAUAGACUCCGAAAAUCGACUCCGACUCCGACUCCGACGGAGUCGGAGUCAGAGUUAAAAACAAAGAUUUUUUCGGAGUCGGAGUCGAAUCGAAGUCAAUCUUUUUUUUCGGAGUCGGAGUCGGAGUUAAUGUAAAUUUUAGAGACUCCGAAAAUGUUUUUAUUCUUUUCUUAUAUAACAUGUUUAUUUUUCAUAAUACUAAAGCCAAGUAAAC